AUAUGGACCCGCCCCCGUCCUGCCUCCAACCAUUCCCGGAUUUUCUUGUAAGGAAAUGCCCAUGACGCAUGACGAAGACGAGAAAGACUGGAAGGUUACCCGGUCCGUCAUCUCGGGACCGCGCAUUCCCCAAUUACACAGUCUCCGACGCUCUAGUUAUUUGGGCUCUCUCUUCCCAUCCUCCCAUUCUAAGCGAUCCAUCCAGUCUCCUUUCCUUCGAACUCCAACCCCCUACUUCUUCAAUUCUUUCGUUGCCUGCUCACUCUGUUUUCACAACCAUUUGACUCCCCGAGCAGUAUAGAGAAAGGUUUGCGCAAAUACGUGCUCUGUAUACAGUUUCUGUUAACGCUUGUUUCCUGCACUUCUGGGGUUGAUUUACUGGGAAACUUCGUGGCCUCACCUAUCUCGCCGGACCUCUGUGCCAUAGUUUAUCCCUUGACAUAAUGGCUGCUCGUCAUUCCCGCAGACUCUUGCGGCCUUUGCUUUAUACUUCGGCUGCAGCGGCUGCAGGAGCUGGUGUUCUGUACAUCUCCUACCGUCCCCGCAACAUCCCUGGCUCGGAAGCUCCCGCCGUACCACCGCCUGGCUAUCACGAGGGAAAACUUGUUCCUCCGAGCUUUCCCUCAAUUAAGUCGCGCCUGGAACAGAUCCAGGAUUUGAAGCGCAGUUCCAGUGGUGAUGAUUCAGAUGUGUAUGACCUCCUUGUUAUCGGUGCUGGCGCCACUGGGUCAGGUAUCGCCUUAGACGCAGCGACACGAGGUUUAAAGGUGGCGGUUGUCGAAAGAGACGACUUCAGUUCUGGGACAAGUAGUAAGAGCACGAAACUGGUCCACGGCGGCGUCCGCUACCUGGAAAAGGCUGUAUGGGAACUAGAUUACAACCAGUACAAACUUGUCAAGGAAGCCUUAAGGGAGCGCAAAUACUUUUUGAACACUGCUCCUCACCUCUCCAGCUGGCUUCCUAUCAUGGUUCCCGUUCAGAAGUGGUGGCAAGCUCCCUAUUUCUGGGCUGGUACCAAGUUUUAUGACUACUUGGCUGGGUCAGAGGGAAUUGAGAGCUCCUAUUUUCUGCCUAAAAGCAAGGCUAUUGAUGCCUUCCCUAUGUUGAGAAAAGAUAAUAUGAUUGGUGCCAUGGUUUACUACGAUGGCGCUCACAACGACUCUCGAAUGAACGUGUCUCUUGCGAUGACAGCUGCAUUGUAUGGAAGCACUGUUGUGAAUCACAUGCAGGUAACUGGCCUCACCAAAGAUGCCUCGGGCAAGCUGAACGGGGCACGAGUGAAAGAUAUCAUACCAGGAAAGAAUGGACAAGAGGAAGGAGAAUUCACUAUACGGGCCAAAGGCAUUAUCAAUGCGACCGGUCCCUUCACUGACUCCAUCAGAAAGAUGGACGAACCUGACGUGAAAGAAAUUGUUGCACCUAGUUCUGGGGUUCAUGUUAUAUUACCUGGAUAUUAUAGUCCUUCGAAUAUGGGUCUCAUUGACCCAUCCACGUCCGAUGGCCGUGUUAUCUUCUUCCUUCCAUGGCAGGGUAACACAAUUGCUGGGACUACUGAUCAACCUACCGAAAUCACGACUCAACCCGAGCCGUCUGAAAAGGACAUCAACUGGAUUCUAUCAGAAGUCCGUGGCUACAUAGCCCCUGAUAUCAACGUUGAGCGGAGCGAUGUGCUGGCAGCAUGGUCUGGUAUUCGACCUUUGGUUCGUGAUCCUAAAGUGAAGAGCUCCGAAGCUUUGGUUCGCAACCAUCUUAUUACUGUUUCUUCGUCCGGGCUGUUGACAUGUGCGGGAGGGAAAUGGACGACUUACCGUCAAAUGGCAGAAGAAGCUGUAGACGAGGCGAUUGGUGUUUUCAAUCUUAAGCCUCGGCAUGUCUCCCAGGUUCCAGAUAUCAGUGGUGUUGGAGGCAGCGGCUUGGUGGCUGAUGGUGCCGUCCUUGACGGGUCUUGUCAGACACACCAGGUUCGCUUGAUUGGAGCCCACGGUUAUUCUAAAACACUAUUCAUCAACCUCAUCCAACAUUUUGGUCUUGAGACUGAUGUGGCCCAGCAUCUAACACAAUCAUAUGGUGAUCGCGCUUGGCAGGUGGCAGCUUUGUCUUCACCGACGAACGCCCGCUUUCCUGUUCGCGGCCAACGCAUAUCUACAUUAUACCCCUUUAUCGAUGGCGAGGUUCGCUAUGCUGUUCGCCAUGAAUAUGCUCAAACUGCCGUUGAUGUCAUUGCCCGCAGAACUCGAUUGGCAUUUCUCAAUGCUGAGGCAGCACUUGAAGCCCUUCCCAGUAUCAUUGAUUUGAUGAGCGAGGAACUCAGUUGGGAUAACAAAAGAAAAGACCUCGAGUGGAAAGAGAGUGUUGGCUUCCUUGCAUCAAUGGGGCUUCCCAAGAGCUUCCUUGGAUUGUCCAGGGCUCAGGUCGAGGCGGGCAAAGUGAAGCAGGUGGAUUCUGCGGAGCACCAAGCGUCCUCUAGGACUGAUCCCCCCGCAGAUGUGCUCAAUAGUGAUCUCCACCCCGAGACUUCUGUGGCUUCUGAAGCAUCAAGUCGCUUGAUAAGUUCAGAAUCCGUUGCAAACAAAUAGAAUAUCAUGAUAUAUAGAGCGGGUGUGUAUAAGUGUAUAAUAAAGCCGUCAUAAUGGAAGAAUAUGUACAAUGGUUAUCUUUAAUGUGCAUUUCAGAUCUGUCUAUGCGCGUUUCACGUCGUCACGCCAUGGGUUGACCAUGCAGAACAAUCCUCCGAGAGAUAUACACCCCGAAAUAGUAGCCGAGUUUUCGCAUGCUCUCUCUAAAGCUCUUCGUUUGGUAGCCAUAUGCUGAUGGGCUCUAAUAUAAUGAAAGUCCUCGUGGACAUUACACAUACAUAGUCGAGUUUUCUGUCGUCCUCUCUUCCAUAUUCUAUACUCUCAGGUUGCCUCGAAGGGUCAGUCCAAGCGUAUCAAUUGUCACCGGCCAGUUUCAUCCGCAUAGCUGAUUUGGGAUACCAUACUGGCACUAAGACUGAGGUAUAUACCCUCUGUCUCGCAUCCUCACGCCUCUGAUGCGGUUUUGCUACGAGUGGUUUGCAUAUACCGAGAACGUCGAGUAGACUGAGCGAAACAAGGAUCCCCACAUCAAUCGUUCUCUUUUUCUAUUUGGCCUAAUCUUUGAGAUUCCAUCCUCCCUGGUUUGGCCCGAACAGGUUUUCUGCUAUUAGGGUAUCUCUAUCGACUCGCUAUCAGACACUUAUAUAAGAGUACGUGAUCGAGGAUAUAGUCUGGCUGACUGAACACCAAGAACGGAUUGUAAACGUCUAGACGCCCUAGG